ACGUCCAGCCAUCAUCAAAAUCCGCUUUCUCUCGCCGUUGUCUUUCUUUUUACGACAAUUUGUAACUCAUUGGAAUAGCACGAGCCACGGUGCAGGUGUUUUCAUUAACCCAGUUCUAGUUGCUGCGUUACCGCCAUACAACACGGGAUAUCUGAUUAGUGAGCACAGUUUUACUGGGUUGGAUAGAGGGAAUAGAGAAUGACUCACAUUUUGAAAAGGGGAAUGCUUCGACUACAGUGUGGAUUUUGACUGGAUGCAAGUGUGUUUUAUUGUGUGUUUUAAUGUGUGUUUUAGUGCGUGUUUUAAUGUGUGUUUUUCCCUUUGUGUUUCUGAUGGUGCAUCAGAGUGUUUUAUGCUAUUUAGAAAUGUUACUUUAAUUUGCUAAGUGGUUAACUAUAUUCAGUCAGAUUUCUCACGCGUUCAUCAACCGCCGGCACUUUACAUACUGUUAUGCUUUAAGCAUCUUAAUUACUGAAUACAAUGGUGCAAUAAUUGAGUAUUUAUAUAUUUGUGCCUUUACUUGUCGACGGGCAGCACACUGGGGUAACAACGAAACGGAAAGUUUUGGAAACAUUGGACGGAUAGAUAUGGCAAUGGUAACGUGGAGAAACGGCGAGGAAGACGUCGCCCGCGACUCUCAAGACGGAAUCUCUUCCCCGGUCUCUCAAGGCGAACCGUUAUCCCUCUCUACCGACCUAACGGGACACGUCAAUCCCACAUCCUCUCUGGAUAUCCCCUCAACACGUCAGACACCCCAAGGCGCUCAUUCAAGCAAUACAUCUCAAUCUAUCACUAGCCAAACGUCGACUAUCUCCAUGCCUCAGCAGAUCGAGUGUGUGGUGUGCGGGGAUAAAUCCAGCGGGAAGCACUAUGGUCAGUUGACAUGUGAGGGGUGUAAGAGCUUCUUCAAACGGAGCGUCAGACGGAACCUCGGCUACACCUGUCGCGCUGGCAGGAACUGUCCCAUUGAUCAACACCACAGGAAUCAAUGCCAGUACUGCCGCCUCAAGAAAUGUGUCAAAGUGGGAAUGCGGAGAGAAGCGGUUCAGAGAGGGAGGAUGCUGCCUACUCAACCGUACCACGGUCAGUUCUCCAUAACCAACCGAGACCCUCUCCAAUGCCACUCCUACCUUUCUGGAUACAUCUCCCUGCUCAUGCGAGCCGAGCCCUACCCCACAUCCAGAUACAGCACGCAGUGUAUGCAGUCCAACAACCUGGGGAUCGAGAACAUCUGUGAGCUGGCCGCCCGGAUGCUGUUCUCGGUGGUGGAGUGGGCCCGAAACAUCCCCUUCUUCCCCGACCUCCAGAUCACCGACCAGGUCGCCCUGCUCCGGCUCACUUGGAGCGAGUUGUUCGUGCUGAACGCGGCCCAGUGCUCAAUGCCGGUGCAGGUGGCUCCUCUCCUGGCCGCCGCAGGGCUGCAUGCCGCCCCCAUGUCGUCGGAGAGAGUCGUGUCUUUCAUGGACCAUAUUCGGAUCUUCCAGGAGCAGGUGGAGAAGCUGAAGGUUCUGCAUGUUGACUCAGCCGAGUACAGCUGCAUUAAGGCUAUAGUUCUCUUUACGUCAGAUGCGUGCGGUCUGUCAGACGUGACUCACGUGGACGAUAUUCAGGAGAAGUCCCAGUGCGCCCUGGAAGAGUACAUCAGGAGCCAGUACCCUAACCAACCGAACCGGUUUGGGAAGCUACUACUCCGUCUGCCCUCUCUACGCACCGUCUCCUCGUCCGUUAUAGAACAGUUAUUCUUCAUCCGGUUGGUCGGAAAAACACCAAUAGAAACUCUCAUUAGGGAUAUGUUGCUUUCUGGAAGCAGUUUUAAUUGGCCUUACAUGUCGAUGCAGUAGAAUAAGAACAUUCCAGAACACACCAGGAAUGGAAUCAUAGAACUAGAAUGUUAUAUGGGUGGAACUUUAGAUACUGUCAGAGGAACAGGCAACAUUCUAAAGCAGUGUUUCACAACCUUUAUCUGUAACUGUACCAGCAACUAAAUGUUACUCUGCCUGGAGUCCCCUGGAGUCCCCUGGAGUCCCCGAGUCCCCUGGA